AUGGUGUUCGCCUUUCCUGAAACAAGCCCUUCUGAGAUGGUUGAUGCUCCGUCCAAACGCCCAGUCCUGGUUCGAGUGGAUGCCCGAGACCCUACCACCACGGCUGAGUACUUGCAAGAGAUCCUCGAGCGGGACGGAGCCGUCAUCGUCGCAAAUCUUAUCUCCAAAGAAAUGGCUGAGCGAAUUCGACUCGAUCUCAAACCACACUUUGAUGCUGACAGUGGUGACAAGUCAGGCUUCUUCCCCACAACAACAAGGCGAGCUGUUGGCUUACUGGCAAUCUCGCCUUCUUGUGUCGAAUUGGCAUUGAACCCGCUCUUCUACAGCGUGGCUUCCAGCAUGCUCACUUCCGAGUUCACAUACUGGCUUGGCCAGGAGAAGCACAGUGCGGUCUCCAAACCGCAAAUUUCUAGCACGGUCGGCUUUCAGGUGAAUCCGGGCUCCAAGCAACAGGGCCUGCAUCGAGACGAGAUCGACUACCACAUUCGAGACACAGACAAGUCGAUGUUAAUCGGCUGUGUGACUGCAUUGACCAGAACAACAAAGGCAAAUGGUGCCACUAUCGUGAUUCCGGGCUCUCACCUCUGGAAAGACGAUCGCUGUCCCUACGACCACGAAGCCGUCCCCGCAGAGCUCGAACCUGGCGAUGCCACCAUCUUUUUGGGCAGCACCUAUCAUGCCGGCGGUGCAAAUACUACCACAGACGAAUCCCGGGAGACUGUUGGCAUCUUCCUGGCGAAGGGAAUGUACCGACAGGUAGAGAAUCAGUACUUUGCCGUCCCGCCAGAGAAAGCUAAAUCUCUCUCCCCCAAGGCUCAACGGUUACUCGGCUACGGUAUCAGCCCCCCUUUUUGUGGUUUCUAUCAGUACAAAGACCCCAUGCAGCUCUUCUUCGGCGUAGAAGACACCGAGACAGUGGUGCUAUGA